UCUGACUCUUAUUGCGAAGUUCAAAUCCCGGAAGUGUGAGUUUACUGCUUCGCGGUGAGCCUCUUGGAGCUAGGCUAUCAGAGAGGAUGCCGUCGAUUGAAUACGACGACUCAAAGCCCAGCUGGGCCGACCAGGUCGAGGAGGAAGGAGAUGAAGGCACAUUGCCAUCUCCAAAGGAAACCAUAAAAGGAAACAUAAAAACUGUCACCGAAUAUAAAAUUGAUGAGGAUGAUGGGAAAAAAUAUAAGAUUGUGCGGACCUUCAAGAUCGAGACAAGAAAAGCUUCCAAAGCUGUUGCCAGAAGAAAGAAUUGGAAGAAAUUUGGCAACUCAGAGCGUGAUGCACCAGGUCCUAAUGUUGCUACCACUACAGUCAGCGAUGAUGUCUUCAUGACUUUUAUCUCCAGCAAAGAUGACCUAAAUACCCAAGAUCAAGAAGAAGAUCCCAUGAACAAACUUAAAGGACAGAAGAUUGUGUCCUGUCGCAUUUGCAAAGGCGACCACUGGACGACCCGCUGUCCAUACAAGGACACCCUGGGCCCUAUGCAGAAGGAACUGGCUGAACAGCUUGGCCUUUCCACUGGAGACAAGGAGAAGUCUCCUGGUUCUGCUGAACCAGAACCUGUGCAACCUCCACAAACCAAGACUGGCAAAUAUGUGCCGCCAAGCCUGAGGGAUGGAGGCACGCGAAGAGGGGAGUCUAUGCAGCCUAACCGCAGAGCUGAUGACAAUGCUACAAUCCGUGUGACCAACCUGUCUGAGGACACCCGUGAGACCGACUUGCAGGAGCUUUUCAGACCAUUCGGCUCCAUAUCAAGGAUUUAUCUGGCGAAGGACAAGAAUACAGGACAGUCCAAGGGAUUUGCUUUCAUCAGUUUCCACCGGCGGGAGGAUGCAGCCAGAGCCAUCGCAGGAGUUUCAGGAUUUGGAUAUGAUCAUCUUAUUCUCAAUGUUGAAUGGGCCAAACCUUCAAACAACUGAGGAAUUCAUCAGACAUUCGAGAUGCCAGAUUUUACUUCUUUAAAAUGUGGCCGUUACCUAAAUAAAAAUAAUAAAUUGUCA